AUGCAAAAUGCAAGUACAUCACUUUGCUUGCCCUCAAGCGAGAAGACAAAUCCGAGAGAUGCUGAUAUGUCGAGGACUCAAAAUUCAAGGGAUGCAAUGAGAGGAAACGAAGUCAAUGAUCGGUUGAGAAUCAUAAAAUGCAAGGCGAAUGAGCUCUACUUCCAAAAUUUUAGCCACACCAAUCAAAGCAACAGGAAGACACUAGACUCAACUUACACAAUGCAUUCAAAUAACUCUCAUCCUUUAACAUUCAAUUAUUUCAGAACCGUGAAUCAACCGCUCAUGCAUUUCAAAGUACUCGCUUGGCUUAAGGGUAAGUUUCAAAGGACAAAGAUGGUCCCUGUUUUCUGGUUUCAAAAUCAGCACAGGGAUCUCUCAAAGAAAAAGGGUGGUGUGGGACACUCGUCAAGAUCGAUCGGCUCCGUUGAAGACGUUGGAGGUGGUGAUGCGCCGGUUUUUCUCUUCCGCUUGCUUCUCCUUAACGCCGGCUCCACGGUUUUAGUUGGUGAUGCGGCCUUGGUUGCUUAG